ACGAGUCUCUGACUAGACCUAAUUUGUCACAUAAGGCGGGAAAUUUUUUUUUUGAGCGGAGAAGAAGUUGUUGCAGAGAGAAAGGCUUUGUGAGUGUGAUGGAGAGGAUACACGUCAGCGUCCGUGCAAGGCCUCUCUCCCCAGAUGACGCAAAAACCAGCCUCUGGAGGAUCUCCGGAAACUCCAUUUCCAUUCCCAACCACUCCAAAUUCGAAUUCGAUCAAAUUUUCAGCGAUAAUUGCGACACCGCGCGGGUGUACCAAGCUCGCACCAAAGAUAUUGUGGAGGCUGCAGUUCGCGGAUUCAACGGGACUGUUUUUGCAUACGGCCAAACUAAUAGUGGCAAGACUUACACUAUGCGAGGCUCGAAAGCGGAGCCUGGAGUUAUUCCUCUCGCGGUCCACGAUUUGUUUCGGAUUAUUCAACAAGAUGUGGAUCGAGAGUUUCUUCUUAGAAUGUCAUACAUGGAGAUUUAUAAUGAAGAAAUAAAUGAUUUGUUGGCUCCUGAACAUCGUAAACUGCAGAUUCAUGAAAAUCUGGAGCGGGGGAUAUAUGUUGCGGGGUUGCGAGAAGAAAUUGUUGCCUCCCCUGAGCAAGUCCUUGAUCUCAUGGAGUAUGGAGAAUCUCAUAGACAUAUUGGAGAGACAAAUAUGAACUUAUACAGUAGCAGGUCCCAUACUAUUUUCCGCAUGAUAAUUGAGAGUAGGGAUAGAAGUGAAGAUGAAGAAAGUGGAAGCUCUUGUGAUGCUGUCCGUGUAUCAGUGUUGAAUUUAGUGGAUCUUGCUGGUUCAGAGCGUGCUGCAAAAACUGGAGCCGAAGGUGUCCGACUCAAAGAAGGUUCUCACAUAAACAAAAGCUUAAUGACUUUAGGAACUGUGAUUAAAAAAUUGAGUGAAGGUGCUGAGAGUCAAGGGGGUCAUGUUCCAUAUCGAGAUAGCAAGCUGACUCGAAUUUUGCAACCUUCUCUAGGAGGAAAUGCUAAAACGGCUAUAAUAUGUAAUAUCACUCUUGCUCAGAUACAUACAGAUGAAACUAAAAGCAGCCUUCAAUUUGCAAGUAGAGCAUUGCGUGUCACAAAUUGUGCUCAAGUGAACGAGAUUUUGACAGAUGCUGCUUUAUUAAAGCGCCAAAAGAAAGAGAUUGAAGAUCUUCGUGCCAAAUUGAUGGGUUCUCAUUCAGAGCAUUUGGAAGAGGAGAUUCUGAACCUUCGAAAUACAUUAUUACAGACUGAAUUGGAAAGGGAACGCAUAGCUUUGGAAUUAAAGGAGGAAAAGAAAGCUCAAGCUGAAUGGGAAAAAAGGGUAAAAGAACAGGCCAAGAAAAUCGAAAAUUUGAGUUCAAUGGUUUUGUUUUCAAAUAGGGAUGAAAGUCGUGAGCAUAUUAAAAAGGACAAGAGGCGGGAUACAUGGUGUCUAGGAAAUCUUUCUAAGGAGCAUCAAAGAAAUGAAUACUGUAACAUCCAGCCUAGUGCUUCUUCUACUGUAAAGCCAAUAAGACCUAAACGAGAGAUGGGACCACUUCUUCCUUUUGAUGAACUUGUAAAUGAAGAUGUUUAUGUGGAUGAGCCCUUUAAGCAAGAAGACAAUAAUAAGGAUGAUGCUAACAAGGAUUGUAAUCUACCAAACCCUUGUACUUUAUUGCAUGUAACAAACAGGAAAAAGGCACCAUCGCAGAAGAAAAGCUUGUCCAUGCAGGAGGACGACAAAUUUGUAGAAUUGCAGGAAGAAUAUGAGAGUUUGUUUCUAAAAUUUGAAACUCAGAGAACUGUAAGUGAGAUACAGAUUGAGUCAUUGAGAAAAGAGCUUAUUGAGGCAACUUCUCUUCAUUUUAAGGAAUCUGUUGACUCUUUAAAUUAUGCCCACAGUGGUGGAUUGAAUGUUGAGAAAAAUGCGAAUUUUAGAGAGUCAGAUGCUAUUCUUGUUAUCAAGAGACUUCAAGAGCAGAUUAAGGUUUUGGAAAUGGAAAAGUUAUCAAGCCAUCAAAGCUUGGAUAAUGUUGUUGAUCUGGCAACAGAGCAGAACAUAUGUGCUAGGGAGAAAUACAAAGAGCUCUAUGAAGAGCUUAUAAAUGCACAGGAGGCAGCUCGGCUGGCUAAUGAACAACUUACUUCCAGCAAAAGUGUGAGCAAUAUUAAUGAUGGAAAUUUUGACUUUGUGAUCAGUGUUUCCACGGAAAUUCAAGAAAUUAUGUCUGAAAUUCAAAGCUCAAAAGAUGCUGUUCAAAGUGUUAUGUUUAUGGUGGAUGAUGCUAUUAAAAACUUCUCUGCUCUACAUGAUACGCUCCUUGUUUUCAAAACCUCAGUUUCUCAGGAUUCUGCAGAACAAAGUUUAGUCUUGAGUAAUAAUCAGAAGUUGAAUUCUCACUUGAGAAAUAAAAUAUUUGAGCUUGAGAGUGAGAAGAUUCUUCUGGACAACCAAUUAGCUGAUCUUCAGAAGCAUCUUCAGGAAUCAAAACUAGAUGCUCAGAAUUCCCAAAAUUCUUUGAUGGAAAACUUGGAACAACAGAAAUUUGAAAAUGCAGAGUUGAUUUCUUAUAUUCAAACUCUUGAAAAGGAUUUAUCAUAUUUCACAUCAUCUUCUGUGGCCAAGGAAAGGGAAACUUUAAGAAAAGAUUUGGACAAGGCAAAAGCCAAGUUGAAAGAAAUUGAGUCUAAGCUUAAGCUUGCCAUACAAGAGAAAACAAAACUUGAGGGUGAGAAAGCAUGUGCUGAACGAGAGACUAAACGGUUGCAUGGUCAAAACUCUCUUCUUGAACGUGAUAUCAACAAACGUGAUUUGCUUGCGGGAAGAAGACGUGAUUCAAUUGUUGAAAGGGGUUCAAAGAUGUUUGAUCCUAAAAGACCGAAGGGUCUUGCAUUUUCUCUAGAACAAACAUUACAGGAAGAACACAAAAAGCUGGAAGUUUUUGCAUUUGAAUCAGAAACAAGAAUUGCUUCGUUGGAAGAAGAAAUAACUGGUAUAUUGAAGGAGAAAGAAGAGGUGAUAUCUAUUAAUGAAGGUUUGACAUCAGAAUUGGAAGGCUUGACUGAGAAACUGAAUACAUCAUCCUCUGAAGUAUAUAAUUUGAAGGAGGAAAUUUCAUCUAUUAAACAAAGAUUGGAAGAAUCUGAUAUCAACCAAGAAAAUUUGAAAAGCUCUAUCAAAGUGUUGAUGGAAGAAAAGGAGGAGUUGGCCAUGCAACUCACUGAUUCUCUUUUGGAAAUAGAGGAGGAAAGGGCAAUAUGGUCUGCCAAAGAGAAAGCUGCACUUCUAGCCAUAGAAGAGCAAGCAAAGUCAAACAAUGUACAAAUUACAUCAUUAUCAACAAAAUUAUUAGAAGUAAGAAAUGAAUUGGAGUCCUGUAGAGAAGAAUGCAGGACCCUACGGGAAAAAUUGACUAUUACAUAUGAAAAUGCACGUAUCAAGGAAAAUUCCAGGUUUGUUUAACUUUUUAAAUUAUUU